GUUGCUGCCUGGCUUUUAGUAUGAAACUGUAAUAUGAGUUACAGAGAUAGAAACAGAAUUGACUGGCAAAACGAUUUUAAACACUAAUGCAGAAGCAAACUUCGGACUAGCUUGCCCUUCUCCGGCCGUCCGCCCCCUCCCCUGUAUGUCUCCUUUUUUUUAAUCUGUCUUGGACGGGUUCUUGGUUUUAAUAUCUUAUUCUACUUAGUAGGGCAUGUUUGCUUGUGGGUUCCAUGUGCUUGGAUUUUCAGUCAAAGGGUUUUUAGUUUUGUGUACAAACUAGAGUAAGUAGUAGUUUUCUGGAAACCAGGGUUAUAUGGAAUCAGGGUCUGGUCCUGAAAGUAGUUACUAAUAGACAACGUAUCAAAAGGAGGUUGUGAUCCAGACAUAAAGAAGAUGAUGCAUAUAGGCGAAAUACUACCCACGGCUGAUGCUGGGGUUAAAUUAGAAGUAAUGGAAAACAAAGAAAACAAUCAUGAUACUUCGUCUGUAAAGAGAGAAUUAGAGUGCUGCAGUAACUGUUGGGGAUGGGAAAAGAAGUUCAAGCAGGCAGAAGAGAGGCUCGUGGCGUUGAUGUCCCAGUUUGAGAAGAAGAUAAGUGAGCUUGAAUCUCUGGAGGGAAAGCACAGUGCACUACAACUCGAAAAGCUUGUGACAGAAGAUGAGGUUCAAUCUUUGAGGAAAAGAAACCAAGAGCUUGAGGAGAAAGUUGCUUGUUCCUCGAAUGGUAAGAGGUCUAUGGAUGGAGUGGAAAAGGGGGUAGAAGGUUUUGUUGAUUUAAUGGAAGAUGCAGGGGCUGACAAGGUUGUGGAUUUGAUGAUUGAGAAUCAGGUUUUGCUCUGUGAGAAGAAGAAGGCUGAAAGUGAGGUUGAAGUUUGGAAAGUAAAGUGCAGAGAAUUGGAGUCCCAGGUAUUGGAGUUGGAAGAGCGUUUGACCUCUGUAGAAGGGGAAGGUAACUUGAAUGGAACAGCCAAAGUAGGCAUGGCAUCACCUGGAGCAUGCAUGGAAGAGAUUACUGGAGCAAAAGGGUUUCCAGGUGGAGUCAAUGGUGCUGCCACUCCUAGAGCUGAUGCAUUUUGUACAAAUUUAACACAUGUAGACGAAGGAAACAGAGGCAUUCCUUUUGAAAAUCGUAUGGGAUCUGGUAGUCGAGCAAGGAAGCAGUUAGUUUUUGGAGACGAAGGGAGCCCCAGUAAGAAGAUCGCUCCUACAACACCAGGUGGUGUUAGAUCUUCUUCCCUUAGUAUUAUUGACAUCAGUGACAAUGAGGCUGAAGAAAAUGUCUCUUAUUUGAGUACUCUUGAUUUGCACACAAGUAAAAAGGCCUGCGAAUCAACUGAUUACGGAGGAGCGAUUACUCUGGAUAAAAAGCAGUUUCCUUGUACAAAGAAUUUGGCUAGUGCUAUUGACCAAACUAAUGAUGAUGAUGUGUCUUGCCAAGUUGGAAUUGCCCCCUUUAUGUCAACUUCUAAAAGGAAAAGAGCUGCCAAAAUAGUUGCUAGUGACAGCGAAACUGAUACGGAUGAUUGCUUGCCUAUUAGUAGGCUAAGGACAAAUUCUAGGAUGGCUACUGCUUCCCCAGACAAACAGGGAGAACCUGCAGUUAGGCGGCGCUUGGUGACGUUGAGAAAUUUGAAAGAGAAAGGCACUUCAAAGAAAAGCUCGCCUAGAAUUUCAAAGAGAAUCCGGACUGAGCGACUUUGUGGAAUACCAACAAAUAUGAUUUCUUCAGAUGAUGAAGAAGAAGAGAAUGAGUCAGACGGUGAAGAAGAUGACUUUAUUGUACAUGACUCUGAGUCAGAAGGAGGCAGUGCUUCUAAAGAUCCUAAAGAUGAUGACAACUGUGAUGGUUUAUUGUCUGGUGGUGAUUUUUCUGGUAAAUCAGAUGAUGCAUCUGAUGACAGUCUUGACUAUAAAGCUAUCAUAGCCACCAUUGGAAGGCACAAAGAUCAUAAAGUGAAGUGGGAAUUCCAGGCAGAUAUGCAAGCUGCUUUUGGUAAGGACAUUCAGCUCUGUAUGAAGGCUGUCUGUGCUCUUUAUCGCCAGCAGACCUCUGAGGAAAAGUUUCAUAAAGCAACAAUAGUGCGUAAUGAAAGAGGAUUUAACCAGUGUGAUGCACGCAGGGGUACGUCAUUGGGUGAAUUUCUUACUGACGGGGAUCCACAAGGUGACCUGGUGAAAUCUGUAGAAGAAUUGGAAGCACGUGAUCCAAAAUGGCUCGAACAAUGUAGAACGCUGGCAACACGUUAUGCUAAACAAUUGUAUGAGAUAUAUCAGAGCAACGAGGAUCCUCUUUGGACGGCCUUAAAUGGCUGAGAUAAAGGCGUUUAAAGUUGUGCAUAAGCAUCAAAUGUUUUAGACGAUAGGGAAUUGGAGGCAAAACUACUUUUUGAGGUAUCCUAUGUCUUGUCAGCUGUUUUGUAAAUGUUUUAUCCUGUUCGUUUUGCAUAUGUUCUGCAGAUUCUCAUGGUUUGCUGCAUGUGAUUAGACUAGAAAGUGUUUUUUCUCUUCUCUGACGUAUUAUCUUGAUGAGUUACAGAAUACCCUGACUGUAGUGCGUAGUACUAACUGCAGAAAAUGUACUAUCGGCCACUGGGGUUCUAAAAACUUUUUAUAGUUCUUUGUGGCAACUUUUUGCAUCUCUGGCAGCUGAUUCCUGAACUAAUAUACAUGGGUGACGAAUCUUAUAUUUGCAA